GCCAAGGGGAUAGGCCAGCAGGUGGAGGAGAGGUGGCCGUGGAACACUACCCACCCUCCUUUCUGGAAUAAAUAGAGCCACGAGGCGAGCUGGUUGGAUGGCAUCCGGGAAGGGCUUUUCGUUUUCUCCAUGGCAGGCUGAGCAGAGCAAAGGGGAAAGGGGGACAAAGAGGAAACAGCCCAAGUGAAUGAAGCCCCCUUAGGCAAGCGUCUCCCUCUACUCCCUGACCUGGGAAAAGAAAUCGCGGGCACUUAGCUUCGCUGGACCCAAUUCCCAACGCUGGAAUUGAAGCCCCCUCACCCCCUCUGCUUUGUUUUGUUUUUUUGAACACUAGGCACUGAUUGCGGGGGUGGGAAACCCGGCCGCUUCUCCCUCCGUUCUGUCGAUUCAUUCCUUCCUUCCUUGCGCCCAUGGACGUGCUAGGUCACAUGGAGAUCACCGACGGCUCCCUCUGCUCCUUCUCAGCCGCCGAUGACUUCUACGACGAUCCCUGCUUCAACACGUCGGACAUGCACUUCUUCGAGGACCUGGACCCUCGGCUGGUGCACGUGGGGGGCCUGCUGAAGGCCGACGAGCACGGCCACCACCACAGCCACGAGGACGAGCACAUCCGGGCGCCCAGUGGGCACCACCAGGCCGGCCGCUGCCUGCUCUGGGCCUGCAAGGCCUGCAAGAGGAAGACCACCAACGCCGAUCGGCGCAAGGCCGCCACCAUGCGCGAGAGGAGGCGGCUGAGCAAGGUCAACGAGGCCUUCGAGACGCUCAAGCGCUGCACCUCCACCAACCCCAACCAGCGCCUGCCCAAAGUGGAGAUCCUUCGCAACGCCAUCCGCUACAUCGAGAGCCUCCAGGCUCUCCUGCGUGAACAAGAGGACGCCUACUACCCGGUGCUGGAGCAUUACAGUGGCGACUCAGACGCCUCCAGCCCGCGCUCCAAUUGCUCCGACGGCAUGCUGGAAUACAGUGGACCCCCUUGCAGCUCCCGCAGAAGGAACAGUUAUGACAGCAGUUACUAUACAGAAACACUAAGUGAUUCAAAGCAAGGGAAGAGUUCAGUCGUUUCCAGCCUAGAUUGCUUAUCAAGCAUCGUGGAGAGGAUUUCAACAGACAGCACUGCCUGUCCAGCCCUGCCCACAGUUGAAAGUGGAACCGAGGGGACCCCCUGCUCACUCCAGGAAGGGGCUAGCCUGAGCGACACUGGAGCCCACAUCUCCUCCCCAGCUAGCUGUACUCAGCACCCCCAGGACAGUGCCAGCAACAGCGCCAGCAACCCCAUCUACCAAGUGCUAUAAAGCAUCAGCAGACACAAACUGCAGCAUUGUUGACUGCCAGCCAAGAUGCAUAAAUCUGCCUUCCAAAGAUCGACAAAGACACUACUUAUGGGCUGCUGGGCUUUUUCCCCUCCCACCGGUUUUAAAAUGUAUCUCAUAAUUCCUCUCAAAUAUAUAUAUAUAUAUAUAUUCCAAGCUUGUAUUACUUCAGAAUACAGUUAUUUAUUGGUGGUAAACAAAAGCUAUUUGAUUUGUAUAUAGAAGAACAUUAGAAUAGUGUACCAUGACAUGGCCAAUGUUUAAUUUGUGCUUUAAAAAGAGGGGACCCUUACAUUGGAGACCCUUCUCAGAUCUGUGAGAAAUAAACUCUCACAGCAAUCCUGCACAAAGGCUGCUUAACUGCCAUUGAUUUCAGCAUGAUUUUAGGCUACAGUCCUGUGCACACUGACACUGGGGUAAGCCCCACUUACGUUACUCAUUGGGAUGUCUACAUAGGCAUGCAUAGGAUGGCACUGUUAAGCAACCGAAGGCUGCCCUCUUAUUGCCUGGGAGGACUGCAGCCUUUCUUUUCCCUCAGAAACAUAGACAUCCACAUGUGUUCAAAAAAGGUUGUGGACCAUUUUUUUAAAUAGUUAUUUUGUAUACUUGUAAAUAAGAGUUGCUUUGCAAAAAAAAAGAGAAAAGAUUCCAACAAAACAACCAAAAAAUGUUUACGUAUUUAAUGUUGCUUGGUUUGUCGUGCCAAACUAACUUUAUAUAUUUAUACAGUAUGGAUGCUGAGAAUGUUUUCAACAGUAUUCUAAAUAAAGAUCCUUAUUUAUAACA